AAGUAGUCAAAACCGCUCUAACCUCACCAUACACUUGUCAAAACUCAAAACCCUCCUCUGUGAGACUGACACUGCGGGCCCACUCUCUUCCACCAAAGCCCAUCGUUAUACUAGUGAGCUGAGCGAGCUCCUCCCCGACUCCCGAGACGCCCGCGCGCAACCAACGAAUUUCCCGCGUCGCCUUGAACCACCUCGCGAUCGCCGCCUCCGCCUCCGCCUCGAUACCCAUGGCCUCCGGCGAGCCUCGCCCGCCGUCACCCGCCGCCGUCGCCGUCGCCGUCCGCCCCGGUGGCAGCGCGAGCCGCCGCGCCGCGCGGUGGGCCGCCGCCAACCUCGUCCCCGCUGGAGACGGAGACGGCCGCGCCUCCGCCGCCGCCAUUUCCGUCGUCCACGUCAUCCCCCCGCUCCGGUUCGUCCCCUCCCCAUGCGGGGAGCAGGUGCCGGCGGCGCGGGUGGCGCGGGAGGCGGCGGAGGCGUACGCCCGGGACCGCCACGCCCGCGCGCAGGAGGCGCUCCGCCCCUUCCGCCGCAUCUUCGCCGCCGCCGCCAAUGCGACGGUGGAGACGGUGGUGCUGGAGGGCGACGGCGUGGCGGAGGCGCUGGUCCGGUACGCGGCGGAUUCCGGCGUACGGAGCCUGGUGAUCGGCUCCGCCUCCUUAGGGUGGUUCAGAAGGGCAAUGAGUGUCCCAGAUGUUGCCACUGCGGUCCUAAAAACAACGGAAAUUUCAUGCAAUGUAUUUGUCGUGUCCAAACGAAGACUGACACUGAAAGUGACGAGGCAUCCUCAAAUGAGCAGGUCUGGUACUGGCUUGAGAAUUCAGUCAGUUAGUCAGAAAGCAUUUGCACAAUCGUACAGAAGUUUGUUGUUCGACAACUUCCCUGAGAAUGGGAUACACCCAGAUUCAUGCUGUCAGUCCCGUGUUUCUCAUUGUGGUCCUACUAAUGCACGUCAAAGUUCAGAAAGUCAUGGGCAAAUCCUCUUUAACAGUUUAGGUGCAAAGACAACAGGAAUAGAAGGAUAUAAAAACCAUGGUCUUCGAAGCCCCUUCAAGGAAGCACAUUAUGCUGACUCUAACUCAAGUGAAGAGUGUCAAUCCAUAGAUGAAGUAGCAAAACUGAGGAAGGAAUUGCAGGAUACCUUAGUGAUGUAUGACAAAGCCUGUGAAGAUCUUGUCCAUGCUAAGAAAAAGAUUCAGGUACUUUCCAGUGAGUGUUCUGAAGAGGCAAGGAAGGUGGAGCAUGCUCUACAGGAGGAGGAAGCUCUAAAGCAGGUGGUAGCAGACGAGAAGGCAAAACAUUUAGAGGCCAUUGAAGAAGUUGAGCAAGCAAAGAAAUCAUUCACCCGGGAGGCCUACUCUAGGAACAAGGCAGAAAUGGUAGCGAGCAUGAUCUCCCUCGAUAAGGCAAAAGUUGUUGAUGCUAUCUUGUCAACAAGCAAAAAUUGCAGGCGAUACAAAAAACAUGAGAUCGAGCUCGCCACUGAUAAUUUCUCUGAAGCAAGGAAGAUUGGUGAGGGAGGUUAUGGGAAUGUGUAUAGGUGCACCCUUGAUCAUACUGAAGUUGCUGUCAAGGUCAUUCAGCAAGAUUCCAUCGACAAGACCGAUGAGUUCCUGAGGGAGGUUGACAUUCUCAGCCAGCUUCAGCAUCCCAACCUGGUUUUGUUGCUUGGCUUCUGCCCUGAAAUUGGCUGUCUUGUAUACGAAUACUUGCAGAAUGGAAGUCUAGAAGAUCAACUUCUUAACAACAAAGGGCGCCAGCCGCUGCAUUGGUUCCUAAGGUUCCAAAUCAUCUUUGAUGUGUCAUGCGGGCUUGCAUUCUUGCAUGGAAGGAAACCGGAACCUAUAGUCCACCGUGACCUCAAACCCGCAAACAUCUUACUGAACAAGAAUUAUGUGGGUAAAAUUGGCGAUGCCGGUUUCGCGAAGCUCAUAUCGGAUCUUGUGCCUGACUGGCAAACGGAGUACAAAGAGACCAUCAUCGCCGGCACGCUGUACUAUAUGGAUCCUGAGUACCAGCAAACCGGGACGGUUCGUCCGAAAUCGGACCUUUUCGGCCUGGGAGUUAUCAUUCUUCAGAUGCUAACCGGCAAACGCCCCAAUGGGCUCAUUGUCAGCGUAGAAAACGCCAUCAGAAACGGGAUGCUUGCUGAUAUCCUUGACAAGUCUCAGACUGAUUGGCCACUUGUUGAGGCAGAAAUGUUGGCAAAGCUUGGCUUGAGAUGCACUGCCCUAAAAUGCAGAGAGAGACCUGGCCUUGAGUCAGAGGUUCUCCCCAAGCUCCAGGAAAUUCUGCAUAGGAUUACUUCCACUGUUAACUUAAGAAGUCCAAAGUUAAAUGUGCCAAGCCACUUCAUCUGCCCUAUAAUGCAGGAGGUAAUGAAUGAUCCUUAUGUUGCUGCUGAUGGGCACACGUAUGAGCAACAAGCAAUCAAAGCUUGGCUCAAGAAACACAAAGUAUCCCCGGUCACACGGCGAAUUCUACCAAAUUUGUCCGUAAUCCCAAACCAUUCGUUGCGAGCUGCGAUACAGCAGUGGAAGUCACAAUCUGCUCAUGCAAAGUCAUAAAAUGGGCGUGGAGUUUGUUUCGAUAUGAUUUAACUUUUUUGUUCUUUGAGUUCUUUAUCCGGAGUUUGUUUCGAUAUGAUUUAACUUUUUUGUUCUUUGAGUUCUUUAUCCUGUAAAUUAGAGUGCAGUUAGGAUCUUAGGGAGGAGGGCUGUUGCCGGUAAAUAAAGGUGUUAACCGUGCAAACUAUUUAGUACCGAAAUUGAAAAAAUUGCAGAUAUGAUUUGUUCUUAUAAUAUGAGUAACAUGUUUCUCUUUCAGUUUC